AUGUUCCCAACUUGGUCGAUGCAAAGAGGGGACAUUCUGCCAUUCCGCCUGAAGAUAUGGUACCCGAGUUCGCAGUCGGGCAACCUGGCGGUCCUGCUGGCCUGCACCGUGGUAACGGCGUCGGAAUAACGAUGUUUUUUCUUUCUUUUCCUUUUUUGGGAAAAAAAGAUGCAAGGCUAUGACACCAGCAUGAUGGGGGGGAUGAAUAUUAUGCCUCAGUAUCAGGAAUAUUUUCAACUCUCGGACGCGACUCGGUCGCUUAUGAUUGCGACUAACUACGUCGGUGGAUGUUUGGCUGUAAGCCUCGCUCGACCUAAAGCUGCACCUUCUUGGAGCUGCGAUUGACAAUUAUUCUAGUGCUUAUGCUGGGGCUCAUUGAUUGACAAUUAUGGACGUCGAAACGGCCUCUUUUGGUCCUCUGUCCUCACGAUCGUGGCCGCAGGGCUUCAAGGUGGCGCGGUCAACGUUGCAAUGUUUUGCAUCGCUCGCGUCAUCAUCGGAUUCGGCACAACGGCUUCCGUCAUUGCCGGAUCGGCCUACCUCGCCGAGACGCUGCCAUGGAACAAACGCGCAUGGGGCUUGGGUCUCUUCGAUGACUUUUUCUACGUCGGCGCCCUGGUCGCCUCUGGCGUCACAUACUCGACCUACAAAAUCGGAAGCACAUGGGCAUGGCGCCUUCCAUCGCUCCUCCAGGGCACAUGGGGUCUAUUAUGCAUUGUCCUUUUCCCAUUGAUGGCGGAGAGCCCGCGUUGGCUGAUCGAUCAGGGUCGGCCACAAGAGGCUCUUCUUGUCCUCGCACGCAUCGGCGCUGACGGCGACACUCGGAACGAGCUGGUGCGACUCCAGUAUUGCCAGAUAGUCGAGACGAUCGGUUACGAACGUGACCCCAUGAGCUACAAGGAGAUGAUGCGCAACCGUGGCGCCAGGGUUAGGUUGAUCAUCACGGCGACCUGUGCGCUGUUUUCGAUGCUAACGGGGAAUGUCAUUGUCAUGUAUAACAUUGGGGAUAUGAUGACCAAUGUGGGGGUCGGUGAUAGAGAGACGCAGCUAAUACUGGUAGGUGACAUGUUGAACUUUGCUCGUUGAGCUCGGGGCUGACAAGACAGAAUGUCGGCAUUAACGCUGUUUCACUCGUGGUAUCCAUCGGCGGGAGCUUCUUCGUCGACAGAUACGGGGUCAAAUCCGCAACCCUAAUCAGCACCGGCGGCGUGUCUCUUUCGCUUUUCCUCCUAGGCGCCCUGACGCGGUUUUAUGGCAACAGUACCGACAGCGCUGGCGUUUGGGCCGCCGUCUUCGCCAUUUUUCUAUUCUCUGCAUUUUAUGCUUUCGGCUGGAUUCCCAUCUUGUUCCUGCUGCCGGCAGAGAUGCUCUACUUCCGAAUCCGAGCCCGGGGCAUGGCCAUGUUUAGUUUCGUCGUCUGCGCCACGGGCAUCUGGGCCAACUUUGCGUUUCCCGCGGCCCUUGCCUCCAUCGAAUGGCGCUUGUGGAUUAUCAACGGCGGUUGGAACCUGGGCUUCCUAAUCUUCGUAUGGUGGUACUGGGUCGAGAUUCGGGGCAAGACGCUCGAGGAGAUCGACGCUCUUUUCGACGGCAAAAAGCAUUUUGAUGUGCCGAAUAUUCAGGAUGUUCUCGAUGGAACCUCGGACGAUGGGUGGAAGAAGAGGACACUAAGAUAUUGGCGUGACUGACGAGCAAAACCUCUCCCUUCAUUCAGGGAGAAGGUUCACUCGCGUAAAGUGUGAUCGAGAUUUGGGAAAAGACGAUAAACAUUUCCACACGUCGUUAAGGAGAAUCUUGACUAAGGAGUGAUUUUGAAUCCCAGAGCACUUGCAUAAUCGGAUAAAGGCCUUACGCUUAAACCCAGAAUAUUUUAACAGAU